GUAAUAUUCGGAGGAGGAUGGGCCUGCCUGGAGGAAGUGGGUCACUAGAAGUGAGCCUUUAAAUCCCACCGUUUCCAGCCUGUUCUCUCGGCUUUCUGACCUCUACCAUGCAAACAGCCACUGCUCCAUGUGUUUGCUACCACAGGUAUAGCUACUGUGCCAUGCCAUCCCGUCAUCGAUAGAAGGAAACUCACCCGAAACCGUCCCCCUCUGUGAGAUUUAUGGCCCAUAGUGAAGUUCAUCUUGUGUAUGAGCCGACCAGUAGAACCUGGAAGAAAAUGCAUUCUUCUCUAGAAUCCACAAGCAGCCAACAGUUCAGCAGGGAUGGGGACACAUCCAUGAAGACACAGGUCCUCCACAUGACUAACGAGUGCAGUAGAGUCCCCAAUUGCAGUGCCGUCCUGUCAGAAGCAUCUGGAGUGUUCCUUCAAACCACAACUGGAAAGAAGUCAUGCAACACACCAAUUUCCACCUUUACCUUAGUUUUACAGCAACAAUCAUUGUCUGUACAUGUAUGUUCCUCACCAUUAUUCGCAAUGACCUGACCUUGUAGGCUUCUUCCAUGGAUGGGCCCUCACUUGGAACUCUUCAUUUUCCACCUUUUUCCCUGUCAGUUUCCUUCCUACACCAUGGGUCAGAUGCAUAAUUCUAUACAUGCAUGAUAAUAACAACAGCACAAACAUGAAUUUAAUACCAUUCCUUAUUAAGAUCAUUAAUUCAGCAGAUACAUGGGAGAGACCAGGGUUGGGAUCAGAGCAGUGAUAAUCGCUGGCUGGGUGGGUAUAAAGCAAAGCAACAUAAUACUGGCACACAACAGAACCAUGGGUUGAAUUUUAUGAUCAGAUCUUUAAUGAGUAUCUUACAGCUUGUUAUAGAAAAGUAUUUUCAAUUAGCUAAAUAUGUGUAAUAAUUGAAUAAGCACCACUAGAAGAAAUGAGCUUCUAGCAAUAAAAGCAUUUAAACAGAGCUUCUGAGACCAACUUGAAGUUAAUUUCCAAAAACGUGUUUCUCUUGCUAUGGACUGGAAGAAUGCUGAGGGCAAAUGACCAUUUACCUAGAUUGUAUUUUAUAUAAAAAUGCUGAUGCUCCCAUGAAAUUUUCACAUAUAUUAAAUUAUCUUUAUUCUCUUAAGCAUCCUGUGAAAUAAAUCAAGAGCUGUGCUUAAUAACAAAUGUGCCUAUUUGUGGUGCCUCAGGAGGCUGAGGCCAGAGAAUUAUGAGUUCCACAAGAACCUGGGUUAUGUAAGUAGUCUGAGGCUGACAUGAACUAUAGAGACCCCUGUUUCAAAAAAAUAAGCUAAUUAACUCACUCACUACCAAUUAAUAAAUGAAUUAAUAAGCACUGAGACAGGCUCAGAGAAAAUUCCCACAAAACUCUAGAGGUGAAAAAAUUAGCAUAACUGAGAUCCAAUCCCAGCCAGUUCCAUUCCUAAACUGUAUUGUUGAUAGAAGUUUUCCCGCACUGCUUGUCUCUCUGUUGGCUCACUGUUAUAAAGGCUUCAUCUUUAAAUCACUGGAUUCAUAACUUACCUUAUGUCAGACAGCACAGAAGGGAGAAGGAGGUGGAUCCCCAAACCCACCUCCAGUGAUCUACUUCCUCCAGCUACGUCCAGGCACCUGCACUUCAGCAUCUCCCAAAAGAGAGUCGCUAGCUGGGACUCGAGUCUUCAAUACAUAUGCCUUUCAUGGAGUAAAUCAUCGCUACAUGAGUUGAAAUCUAUUGGCUUUGCUGGUUAAGGAAGUCCUCUUUCAUACUCGCUACAAAGUUCUAGGAUGCCCCGAAUUCAAAAGAACAACUGGGGAAAAUCCUCAAGCACGUGAAAUCCCUGGGAUUUCAGUCAUCUCGAGCAAAUAAUUCAGUGGCCCUAGAACUUUAGACCUUCCAAAGUAGGAGGCUUCUCAUCUCUGUAUUUAUUCCUUCCCAGCACUGGGAUUUCUAGAAAGAAUAGAAUUAAACAAAUGAAUGGAGUAGGUAUUGACUGGGUAGAUGGGGGUAACCAAGAUGUUGGCGUUAGUAAUACAAAGAACAAGAGGUAGUUCUCCCCGGCAGAGUUGUCUUUUGUGAGGCGCCCUAAUGUUCCAGCUAUUCCAGUAUAAAGUGUGAUCUUGCCACUUUGCUAGUCCCAGGUGGCCUCUGGGUUCAUAUUUGCCUGGUUUCUUGUUCCUGUGCUUUUGUAAGCAGGCCGGAAUCUGCUGUGACACAGGCUGUUAAGCAUGUACGAGUUCCUUUGGAAUCUGUACAAUCAAGGACUCCAAGUCCAGCCGUUUAGUUAUCUCUUGAUUUAUGGCUGGAGGGGUGGCUCUCCUGCAAGCUAUUGGACAAUGAUGAUAAAGGAGAUAGCAGCACCUCUGUGGACUUCCUGUUACCCUUUUCUAUAGUUACCAUUUAGAAGCAUUUAAUAGGGUACAGAGUGCUCAGGGUAUAAAACCAUUUCUGCUCACCAUUGUACUGUGGAGUCAAUUGGCGACUCCACUUCAAAUUUCUAAACCAGAAAAUAAACCAAUUCACAAUUACC